AUAAUUCUUUUCCUACUCAUUACUCAUUACACCCUUAUCACCAAAAGUCAGCGCCUUCUUUUGUCUCUAUUUUUCUCUCUUAGAACAACCAAAAAAAAAAAAAAAAAAAGCAACUGAUCAAGAAGAAGCUGAGACAAAGGUACAGAUUCUCAGAGCAGAGUUCUGUCUUUGAUAAUGGAAGUCGAUUGGGAUCUUCACGCCGUCGUCAGAGGCUACUCCGCCGUGUCCUCCACCGCCACCAUCAUUCCCUCUUCUUCUUCUUCCUCUUCCAAUAACUCCAUCCCUUUUUCUUUUAGCAGAGACCUAACCAACCAAACAAAAAAUCAUUUCUUCUCCCUUCAAGAUCCAUUUCAACCACCUAAUUGCAAUUCCACUCAAGAAUUGCAUGAGCUUUUCAAACCCUUUUUCCCCAAAUCUCAACCCUCUCCUCCGCCGCCUCCUCCACCGCCUGCUCCGCCGCUUCUUUCCUCUCCGGCUGCUAAAAUUCUGACCCCUCCGAAGCAACAACAGAGCACCCAUCUCCCCAAACAGCUCCAUUCAACCUCUGUUUCUGCUCCGAGAUCCAAACGCCGGAAGAAUCAGCUGAAGAAAGUCUGCCAAGUUCCGGCGGAGUCUCUGUCUUCGGAUAUUUGGGCUUGGCGAAAAUAUGGCCAAAAACCCAUUAAAGGAUCUCCAUAUCCAAGGGGAUAUUACAGAUGUAGCAGUUCGAAGGGUUGCAUGGCCAGAAAACAAGUCGAGAGGAACAGAUCCGACCCGGGAAUGUUCAUAGUCACUUACACGGCGGAGCACAACCACCCGGCGCCGACUCACCGGAACUCCCUCGCCGGCUCCACUCGUCAGAAACCCAUCACACCGACGCCCACCGCUUCCGGAUCUGGAAAACCCGACCCGAAACAGCCGGUUUGCUCGUCGGAAGAACAGAGUACGAUCACAGAGAGCAAAGAAGAGAAAGAGGAACUAUUAAUGGCUGAAGAUGAAGAAGACGACGAUCUGGGGGUCUCCGAUUUGAUCGUCAACGACGAUUUCUAUGUGGGUUUUGAAGAACUCGACAGCCCAAUCACGGACGACUGUUUUUCUGAUCCGUUUCCGGCGAAUUUUGACCUUCCAUGGUUGUUUAAUGGAAACCCAGACAGCGAAAUUGUAAAACUCCCCUGUUAAAUUAAUCUUCAACUUUUUUUUUUUUUUUUUUUUUUUCCCUUUUCCAAUAGAGAUCUGUAAAAUCAAAGAAGUUAGAGCAAAGAUUUUAACAAGUGUUUUUAGCGAGAGCAAGCAAGAUAGAUGAUUUCAUCUUCUUUCUCUGUAUCCUUUUGUUUAUUUUUUUCCCUGUAAUUUUAGAAGAACAGUGAUCUUGAAGUUGAAGAUUCAGUGGGUUUUGCGAGAAUUUUUGAGGGAAAAAGGAAUAAACUGCAAAAGGGGUUGACUAAUUAAAAGAAAUGAAAUGGAAUCAAAGCGAUGAAUGACGUGUAAAUGGCGUUGACAGAGAUGGAAAUUAGAGAGAUUAAAAGCAGAGGUUGAAGAAAAAAUGGUUAUGGAGGAAGACGAAGAAUAUGCUUCUUUUUCAAAAUGCUUGUCCGAGGACAACAAUGGUGGUGGAGAAUCAGUUUUUUUUUUUUUUUUUUUUUUUUUUAAUAGAAAAAAAUGAGGAUUUGGAAUUUUUCUUUAGUAGUUGAUGCCAGUUGGGUCAUAUUGGUAAGGAUAAAUGGUAGCCAUUCAACAUCAAUAUGUGUAUAAUUGCAUCCAAAAUUUUAAUUUGUGUUUUGCAUUUUUUCUUUAAAUUUUUUGAUAGAGAGAUUCUGUUUUUUAUGUACGGCUCAACUUUUAUUUUGU